UGUUGUUUAUUUUCAUGAUUUUAUUUAAGUUAUAUUUUAAAUGUAUAUUAUGAAAAAUCUCUAUUAAAAGAAUUAUUGCUUGGUUAAGAAGCGAUCGCACCAAAACGAAAAUUUAAUGAUCACAAAAAUUAAUCCACAUGACUGAAAGUAAGUUUUUUUAGCUUAAUGUAUCUUCUUUAAAGUUUUAUAGUAUAGUUUCUUUAUAGUACAGUUUCUUUAUAGUAUAGAGUAGUAAUACUCAUCUUUAUAGUAUCUUUAUAGUAUUAAAUGAAAUGAAACUUGCUCAUCUUUCUUAGCUACAAAAAAAUCAAAACCAAAACUGACGAAAAUAUUACCUUUUAUUUUCCUUUUUUCCUCAUUUCAGGGUCUUUUUUUGUUUUUGAAAUUCAGUUUUUUUACUUCGUUUUAGAACGUACUGACUUCGUUGCGGUUCAAAAUAAAAAUCAGGACAACAUUUCACCAAAAACUCAAGACAAAAUAUCAGGACAUUGUUUGGAACCAUUUAAGAAAAAAAGAGCUAAAAAAAUAUUGAUUACCUUGACCAUUGCCUUGAAAAUUUCGUAUUGUGCGUCAUGUUUCUUUAACUUUCUUCAACCUUUAAAAAAAGUAUGGGAACACUAAACGUUUUUAAAUAAAUAUUUAAGAAAGGAACAAGUUGAUCAGAAAUGAUUUUAGAAAAAGGUGUGAUAUCCCGCAUACUGUGAGAAAUCUCUUUACUUGAAUUUUCUUGAUUAUCGAAAUCUAAAUUUUCUUGAGGAGAUAAGUUCCUUAAUAAAAAGCAGGCCGCAUUAGGUUUAACAGCAAAUUUAUGAUUAUAGAUGUCGUACAACAUUUUAUUAUAUCAAAAUAAAAUUACUAUAAUCUACAUUCUAAAUAAUAAAUGCAUACAAAAAUAAAUAAAUUGAAAGAAAUUGCAUUGCAUUGUAAUCUGGAAGCAAAGGUCAACGAAAUAAAAAAGAAAAAAAACAUUACUAAAAGUAAAUGAACUUAUAAAAAUAUUAUCGAUUUAGAAAAAAAUGAAAUGAAAAAUAUAAGAAAUGAAAAACAAUGCUUUUACUGAAAGUUCAUCUUUAACAUUACUUUCCAAUUAGCCCUCGGGCAUAAUAAGAAAACAAUUUUGACGGCAGGAAUGCUGAAUUCCUUUCAAAGAUGACGAAAAGUCAGAAACAAGAUUAACAACCUGAACAUCCUUGAACAAUUGAAUUUUGCAGUCUUUACUAACAUUGUGAAUUAAAAUAAGAAAACGUUAUUUCAAAAUUUCAAAUCUUUUGAUUCUUAAAAUAUAUUUUCUGAAAACCCAUUCUUGUAAUGUAAAAAUCAGAAACAUCAGGACAGACAGCUAAAAUCCAGUACAAAUACGAAAAAAAUAUUUUGUUGUUUGAAUGUUGUGCAAAUUCAAGUAAAUUUAUAGAAUUGAUUGUGCUAAACUCAAAGUUAUUUUCAGAAAAAUAAUUAAAUAAAUUUUCUCUUCUUUUUUAAAUGAAUCAAGACGAAAACAAUUGAAACAAGACAAGACGAAAACAAUCGAAACAAGACAAGACGAAACCAAUCCUGAUUAUUACCUUUAUAUAAGUUUAAAAACUAAAACUGUAUAACAUUUUUUAUGGAUAUUUCAUUGAAAAAAUACCUUUCUUCGUUUGCUAGUUAAAUAAUGCACAAAAAUGAUUUGAUUUGCGUAACAAUAAUUAAAUGCUAAUAAGAUAUUUAUGCAAGCACAGAACAUCCUGUAUUUAGAACUCACAAAACAUUUGAAUUGCUUGAUUUUAUAUUUCGAUAAUUUCUUUAUCACCUAUUAUUGAAUACUUCCUUACAUUCGAGGUUGACCUUUAAAGUCUUUAGUUCAAUAAUAGUCGUUAAAGAUUAGGGUUUAUGUUCUAAUAUAUUCAUAAUGAAAACCAUUUUACUCUUUCUUUAUUUUAAAGUAUUAUUCUUUCACACUUUUGCUUAUACGUAUUUAAGCGUUACUCAUCUUAACACAGAUAAUGGAUAUUGUGAGAUAGAUGGAGCUCGCAUAGCUGUUGGAGAAAGGUCUUACGAUUAUAUCGGAUGUCGAAUGCUCAGAUGCGAAGUGGGACAACUGCAUAUUUCAGGGUGUUCCGCAAUGCAGCCUUCCCAGCCGUGGUGUCACCUAGUUCGAGGAGAGGGCUAUUUUCCUAAAUGUUGUCCCCAUAUUGAAAAAUGUAAAAUAAUGAAUUAUGUUGUGGGGAAAAUGAAUAAUGGUAUCCAGAACACAAAUAGUGUGAUUGGAAAAGUAAAGGAAGAGAUUUGCAAGAAAGAUAAAAAUCGAAUGUAAAAACAUCCUAUAAUUUUCUAUUACGGAACAAAAUCUGUGUUUUUUAAAUCAUAAUCUGGAAUCACCUUUAUAAUGUCAUCUAAAUUUGUUUUAUGCAAAUAAAUUCAUUUAUUAAAUUUCAUAA